AGCAUAAACUUCAGCUCCUCCACGUCCAUCCGCGUGCUAAACCAAGCGCUGCUCCACGUAUAUUUUGACCUCCAAGUGACGCUCCCGCAAGAAAACCUUUGCCCGAUAGUCCUCAAUCGACUAAACUACCUGCGAUGGAUCCAGCACUACAUCCUCUCAGACUUUCCAUUUUGCGAUCCAAAGGGGCUGGACAUUGGCACCGGCGCCUCCUGUAUCUACCCGCUGUUAGGCGCGCGCGCAAUACCCGGGAGCUCGUUUAUCGCGACAGACAUUAGUCCGGAAUCCGUAGCUGUGGCGCAGGAUAACAUUGAGCGCAACGCGCUGGAGUCCCGGAUCCACCUGUACCUGAACCCAGACCGCACAACGACAUUGCCCCUAGAUGCUCCUGGUUUUCCUUCUCUUCUGAUGUUUAGCAUGUGCAACCCACCGUUUUACGCCAGCAGCGAGGAGCGCAUGAGGCUCAAGGGCGCCAAGGUGCAGGAGCCAGUGCUGGACGCAAAUGGAAAAGACGAAGAGCUGUUCACGGAGGGCGGCGAGCAGGCGUUUCUGCAGGGCAUGGUGGAUGAGAGCCAGAAAUGGGGUGCGCGCAUCAAAUGGUACACGACAAUGGUCGGGCGGAAGUCCACCCUGGCCGAAGUCAAGGCAAGGAUCCGCGCGGCGGGGGCCCGGCAAGUGCGCGAGGGGACGCUGGUGCAGGGCCGGACGACCAGGUGGGUUCUGGCAUGGUCGUUCCUGGACAAG